CUAAGGAAAGGUUUUGGCGCUUUGGUGGCAAGGAUUACGCCGCAUGUAGUCUGCAAGGGUGCAAGGGGAUCAUGUCUCUGCAAUGGGGUUCUUCUGCGGACGCGGGCAUAAAGGAGCUCGUGGCAGCGGCAGAUCCAAAAUUAAAUAUAAGCGAACAGCCUGUAGCUGAGCGAUAUACCUUGGGGGAAGAGAUAGGUUGCGGUUCCUACGGUCGUGCAGUUCGCGCUGUAAGGAUUGAGGAUGGCUUACAAGUCGUGGUUAAGCAAAUACGAUUGUUCGAAAUGGACGAGAAAGCACGCAUGGACACGCUCACGGAGGCCAAGGUGCUGGCGCAGUUUAGCCAUGUCAACAUCGUGCACUACUAUGAAUGCUUGCUUGAGGGCGGCGUGCUGAACAUCGUGAUGGAGUACGCGGGCGGCGGCGACCUGGCGGCGACCAUCCAGCGGCGGCAGGCGGAGAAGAAGCCGUUCAGCGAGGACGAAAUCAUGUUCUGGUUCGUGCAGGUGGCGCUGGCGCUGUACCACGUGCACCGCCAGAACGUGCUGCACCGGGACCUCAAGUCGCAAAACAUAUUCAUAGCGGAGGGCAACCUGUUGAAGCUGGGUGACUUUGGCAUCGCCCGUGUGCUCAACAGCGACACGGAGCUGGCGAGGACAGUGAUCGGUUCGCCGUACUACCUGUCACCGGAGAUCUGCGAGGACCGGCCGUACAACCGCAAGAGCGAUGUGUGGUCGCUGGGCUGCGUGCUGUACGAACUGGCCACCCUGCGCCGCGCCUUCGACGGCCAGAGCCUGCCGGCGCUGGUGGUCAAGAUCCUGCGCGGCAAGUACCCGCCCGUGCCCACCCGCUACAGCACCCACCUGCGCCACCUCAUCGAGUCCAUGCUAAAACAAAACCCCAAGGACCGGCCCAACGCUGACGUCAUCCUGCGAUCCGAGUUCGUACGGCACCACCUGCAGCGCUACGGCGCCCAUGUGGUAGCACUGGGGCUGGGGCAUGGCAGAGCGGGGGCGGGAGGAGGCGCAGCGGCGGCGGAGGGAGCGGCAGCUGGGGAGGCGGGCGAGGGGUACGGCAGUGCUGCUGCCACUGCCGCCGCCGCCGCUGCGGCUCUGGGGUUGAUGGAGCUGGGGGCAGCCGAGGCGCGGCCCCGGCCCGGUCUGCCCAGUAGGGCUCCUCGGCCCCGGCCCGCCACCCGGCCACCUCGGGCACCCUCGGCUGGAGGGCCGGGGCCGGGGGCGGGGGUGGCGGCAGCAGCGGCGGGAGCGGGGGCUGUGGGUGGCGCGGCGGCGUCCGAUGCGGGGGACUCGCGGGAUGUGAGUGAGGGCGACACGACAGCGCCUUCCACACCUGCGGAGGGAUGCUCCCCCCUCCGCCCCGCCCUAGCAGCUGCCGGUGCUGCGGGGGGCCGGCGGGGUGGAGGCGGGCGGCUGCUGGAGAGCGGGUGGGUGCGGCAGCAGCAGGCGGCACUGGCGCAGCUGGCAGGGGAGCUGGCAGCGCAGAAGGGCGCCGCGGCGGCUGCCUGCGCCCUCAGCCCGGGUCCCGGCCCAAGCGGUCAGGGCGCAGGCGCAGGCGGGUCGGGGGCGGAGUCGGGCGACUCGGGCUCGCCUCCCGCUGCUGCUGCUGCUGCUGGGAGAGG